AUGACCAUCAUUUCACUGUCAUCUUCACCCAGCACUGCUUCCAGACAGCCAGGAAUUGAGUUUCCAUUCUUCUGUAGCCUCAGUCGCUCAGCCGAACACAUGACUUCUGGCACAAGAGAGAAGAUAUGGCUGCUUGUUGCUGUGACAUAUUUGUUUCAGGGAAUUACUUACUCAGAAGAACUGAUAAGAAUGAAAAGAGCUGUGGAUCCUGAAGUGUUUAUGAAUAUUAAAGAGCUGAUUACUUACAGAGGGUACCCCAGUGAGGAGUAUGAAGUGAUGACUGAAGAUGGUUAUACCAUUACCAUUAACAGAAUCCCUCAUGGUGUUCAGGAUCAAGGAAGCUCAGCUUCAAAACCUGUUGUGUAUCUCCAGCAUGGAUUAUUGGGAGAUGCUAGCAACUGGAUCACAAACCUGCCCAACAACAGUUUGGGCUUCAUGCUAGCUGAUGCUGGUUUUGAUGUUUGGAUGGGAAAUAGCCGAGGGAAUCGCUGGUCAAGAAAACAUCAAACUUAUUCCAUUGAUCAGGAUGAAUUCUGGGCUUUCAGUUUUGAUGAGAUGGCAAAGUUUGAUCUUCCAGCAGCAAUAAAUUUCAUUGUGGAGAAAACAGGACAGGAAAAGUUGUACUAUAUUGGCUAUUCACAAGGUACUACUACCGCUUUCAUUGCAUUUUCAACAAUGCCAGAACUGGCUCAAAAGAUCAAACUCUAUUUUGCAUUGGCACCUGUCACAUCUAUCAAGUAUGCUAAGGGUCCAGCAACAAAACUCCUCUACCUUCCUGAGAAAGUUCUCAGGCGUUUGUUCGGCAAAAGAGAAUUCCUUCCCCAGGCUGAAUGUCUGAAAAAGCUAGUGGCCCCUGUCUGCAGCCAUCGAGCUUUUGCCAAGCUCUGUAGAAGUGUCUUUUUCAGUCUGGGUGGCUGUAACUUGAAAAACAUUGAUGUGAACCGAAUCAAUGUGUAUAUUGCCCAAACCUCCUCUGGAACUUCUGUGCAAAAUAUAAUCCACUGGAGUCAGGAGGCCCGCUCAGGGAAGUUCCAAGCUUAUGACUGGGGCAGUUCAAAGAAGAACAUGGAAAAAUACCAACAGGCUAUUCCUCCUCUCUACAACACUGAAGACAUGACGGUACCAACUGCAGUGUGGACUGGGGGACAAGAUUUGUUGGCAGACCCCAAGGAUGCAGACAUUUUACUGUCUCAAAUAAAGAACCUUAUCUAUCACAAGAGGAUUCCUGAAUGGGCACACCUGGAUUUCAUCUUGGGAUUGGAUGCACCCUUGCAUGUGUACAAUGAAAUUAUUGAUCUAAUGCAGAAAUAUCCUUGA